GGAAGACCCUGGAGCUGCCCCAUCCCAGCACCUGGAGAAGAUGGAGCAGUUGCAUCCCCUGCAGGAAGAUCCAGGACGGGACCAGACACGAGAGCAGGACCGCGCCCGUGGCUGCUUCCGCAGGGCAGCACAGGCCUUUCUGAAAUUCUUGGGCGUUCGGCGUAACAGGACCACAACCAAACCAACUGAGGUCAUGGCACAGCCUGACCCCAGCCCGACUGAGCUCAAGGCAGACCCUGAUGUCACCACCGCGCUGACUGAUGGCACAGGAUGCUGUGAUACCCCAACGAUUGUUCACGCAACAAAGUCUGACCCUGCUUUGAGUGAUGCUACAACAGACCCUGACAGCCCAUCGAUGGAUCGCACUGCAACCCCUGACAUCCCGUUGAGCGAUGAACCAACAAACUCUGGCCCUGCACCGCCCGAUCUCACUGCGGAGGCCGAUGCUGCAAUGACCGAGGGCACUGCAGACACUGACCUCGUGCCCAGGGAGAGUGUGAAUUCUGCUCCCACUCCAGAUAUUUUUGAGGGGAAUGGUGUCUCCAGUCCAGAGCAAGUGCCAGCCUUCAUCAGGAAUGUGCACCAGAGACUGACAGCCAACGUGACUCCAGAAGAGAAGCUGCUGGCGGAGUUUCUGAGGGUGACUGAGGCACACCCUGCUGAUGUUGUGCUCACCCUCCUACGCUGUGCCCCAUCGUGUGACAGAGCUGCUGCAACCCUGUGGAAGAUCAUCGCCUCAUCAGGAAGGACAGUGGCAAAGGUGCUGCCAGAGCUGCUCCCCGUGAUGGAGGACUGGCCACUGCACAGCACGUCCACCUCUGACGGGGACAAAACACAUGUCUUUGCCCUGGCUGCAACCAGGGUGAUUUGGGAGAUUCUCCAGAUGCUCCAGGGCCCAGAGCCAUUGAGAAAGUAUUCCCCCCGUCUCCUCGUGGAUCUGCUCUUCCAGAUUUCCAUCAGCCCAGAGCAGAUGCCAGAGGAAGUUGACACCUUGUGGAGGGAAUGCCAGAAGCAAUACGACCUUCCAACAGACUCCAAGAGGUUUGCAGUGCUGACCCUCAAAGCCCUGCUUCAUCUGGAGUGUGAAGGUGUCGUGCUUUCAAUGGAACGGAAGCGUGGCUGGGACACGCUCCUCAGCGCCGACACCCACCACUACGCAGUGGGUCUGCUGGCCAGGGAGAUGCUCCGUGCCUCGAGCCCCUUGUAUUACCGGAUUGCCCGCUGCCUGCUGAGGCUGCUCACCAGGGAAAAGACCUCCUGGGAGCUCCCUGCCAUGGCAUUCCUUGUGGAGGUCCUGGACUACCUGGACAUGACUGAAUGGAGCGACAGCAUCCUGGAGGUCCUUUCAAGGCACCUGUGGAGCGAGCGCCCAGAGAUGCGUCGCCUGUGCUGAGAAGCCUCGUGGUGCUGAGCAAGGAUCCUGUGAUGGCUGACGGCAUGUGGAGCCUGACACAGAGCCUCAUGGACGUACUGUGGGAUACAGACGGAGACUUGGUCUGGGCGACCCUCACUGUAUUCAUCAAUGAAGUCCAGGACAGAGACAUCC